AUGGCGGUGGGGCAGAGGGGCUGCCGCCCAGCCAGACGGCUCCGAGGGGUCCUAGGCGCUUUUAGGAGCAGGGUCAGGCUCGGAAAACAGUUUUCCCAGCUGAAAUUUGAUAACUUGGAACGCUGGAUCAAGCAACUGGACCAAGCCUCUGAGUAUCCUGUCUCUGAAGCUUUUUCCCUUCAGAAGUCAAGUUAUCCACAGGGGCCUCGUGGUCCUGUGACAAGUUUGGAAACAGUGGAACAGCUGCAAGAUCAUGAGGCCUGUGAGGAAGCCCAGGAGCUGCUCAGGAGCUGGAUGAAGUCCAAACUGCAGCCAGAGCUGAUAAGCAAUGGAGAAGAGGAAGUUGACUCUGUCCUGGAAAAGCCUUCGGCAGCCCCUCUGAAGUAUGAGCGGUUUGAUGACUUGUGCAGCUAUCUGGAACAUGAAUUAGAAGGUUCUUCUGUCCAAGAAUACCUACAGCAUCUUUUGCAGAGUGAAGAUGUGAACUGUGGGAUAAUGGAAGACCUUAGACUUGAAGACAUCAAGGAAAACAAAAAACUUGCAGAUCCACGAAUAAUCAUGGAGCUUAGACACAAGCAGGUGAAAGAAAACCGAAUGAGGCGUCAAAAGGCAUUAGAGCUUCAGAGACAAGAAAAGUCCCUGAAGAAAUCAGCUCUGUUUGAGGCCAGGCUCCAAGCACAGAAGGAGGACAGAAGGAAGGCCCUGAAGGCCAAAAAGGAGCAGGAGGAGAUCCAGAGAGAAAUGGUGAAGAUGCGAAAGGCAAUGGCUGAGAAGAGGCACACCAUGGCAGAAGCAUGGAAAAUGGAGGAGAAGAGACAAGAAAAAAGUCAGAAGCAGGAGGUAUCUAUUACUGUGUCACCAGCCCUGGUCCUGAAGAAAGAAGAGCAAGGAGAUGAGAAACAGAGAAAGGCUCAGGAGCUGCUGCGCAGGAUUCACACCAAUAAGCAAAGAUGUAUGCAACGACAUUUCUCUGCUUGGCUGAAAGUCAUUCUGGAGCACAGAAUUAAAAUGGGAAAAGCCAGAGCCCUUGCUGACUGGAAAUGCCAACUGAAGGCCCUGCGAGCCUGGAGAAACUAUGCUUGGGCCCAGAAAGUAGAGCAGGAGACACAGCAGUUUGAAGUUCAUCUCCAAGAUCAAAACAGGAAGACACAACUGUCUGUGGAGCACAACCAGCGACGGCUUCUGCGCUGCUGCUUUCUGGCGUGGCAGCGCUGGAGCCAAGUGGAGAUGGAAAAACGAGAGCUGCAGAUCAGGAGGGAGGAGAUGAAGAGGAAGAUGGCACAGCUGCUGGAGACAGUGGCACUGGGGAAGGGUACUACAGGCAGGCUGCUGGAAGUGAACAAGCCUGGGACAGCAGAAGUAAACGAUCGCCAAGAUUUGCAGCAGGACAAGCCAACUGAAACUUGCCUCAUACAGAAAGAACCUGACCAGACCAGAGACCACUCUUGUUGGGAUGCUGCUCAUACGUCUCAUUCCUACAGAAAAUCCAAAUUUGCCUGGGAGAUGACCCUAAAACAUGGAGCCCUGAGUGCCCAGGACCAGGCUGUGUGCAGGAAUCAAACAGCCACUGCCCCCCAGCAGUUUCAGGCACCUGGUCCAAAGACAGCUCCUGUGUAUGGUAGACACUUUGAGCACCGUUAUGCCUUACAGCAAUGUCUGAUUGAGGAGCAGAGGCAGCAGCUUCGGAAACAGCAAGAGCUGAUCCUUGAACUGCAGGAAAAUCAGAGGCUGAGAAGAACUAAAGAAGAGGCAGCACAAGCACAGCCACUUAACAGCUCUGCUUCACAAACCAGGGAGGAAAAACCAAAGAAGGAAAAACAAUCCAGAUGCAAGAAUACAACCCAUUUGAGUCCACCUGUUUCUCAUGGGCCUGAAAACACAAGGGCAGUGAUGCAAAGCAGGAGGCCCUCUAGCCAGCUGACCUCAGCUCAUCCUAUACUGAAAGCUAUGGAGGAGAGAGCAACUCAGCGGGCAGAACGGAGGAGGAAACUAGAAGAAGCCAAACAACGAAGAGAAGAGGAGAAAUUGGCCCAGCUGAAGGCUGAAGAGGAAGCACGACAGAGGAAGGAGGCUGAGGAAAAGGAAGCCCAGCAGCAAAAACGACGAGAGGAGAGAAGGCAGCAGAAGCUGAAAGAGGUGGAGAAGCAGAGGAGGCAGGAGAAAGAGCAGCAGCUCCAAAAAAAGGCCAGAGAUCACUAUGAGAAGGUUUUGCUUAGAAAGCUGGGAAUGGUGCCAUGGAAAAGGCUGAGAGAGCAAGCGAAGGAAAACCUGGUGGUGGCACAAAGGCACCACUGCUUGGGCCUGCAGAGGAAAUGCCUGAUGACUUGGCUCCAGGACACCCAGAGGAGCCUCAUGGAGAAGGUGUCUCAGGCUCAGGACUUCUGUUCCCAUACGUUGCUGAGGCAGAGCUUCAGGAGCUGGCUAAAGUACAAGGAUUUUCUCUCUGCUCUGGAGGAGAAAGCGAGUACCCUCCAUGCAGCCUGGCUCAUGAGGAAGUACUUCUGGGCGUGGUUUGAUCUGAUUAUGGAGGAAAAAAGUACCUUACUGGAGAAGCUAAAAAUUGCUACUGAACACAGUAACAAGAGACUUGUGCUGAAUGCGUUCAAGGCGUGGAGGCAGUACCCCUUACUGAUGAAAAAGGAAAGGGAGAGAGAGGAAAGGAGAAACCAGCUACGCAGGAGAGUAGCUGAAAUUCUCCCCGACUUCCGAACAUGACUGAAAAGAGUUGAAGGAGACUGGGAAAGGGGACAGAAAGUCUGAUUCUGUUCAGUGCUUUCUUCCUGCUGACUGAAACAAAUCCAAAGGGAAGUUCUGUCCAGCACAAAGGGUCUUACAGCCAAGGGAAGCUUCCUGAGGUUGCUGCUGUUGUAAACUAAGCACAGAGGGAAAUUUACCUGACAGUUUCACUUUGCACUUCAGGGGGUUAUUCCGCACAAGGUCCUCCUUGGGUAAAGCCUCCAUAGGGGUGUCUUGGCUGGUGGCAGUGAGCCCUAAGUAACCAAAGCCUAGCCCAGGGUGUGUUUCAGGCCAAGGCCAUUUCCACAGGCAGAGCUGCAGCACUGACAUGAAUCAGGAAACACAGAACUGAACUACACUAAUUUUUCUUUAAGCAGUAACCUGGUGCUUUGGUGUUGCCAGCACUCGGUCAGGGCACACAGCUUGACGAGAGCACAAACAGAGCUGACUGCCAGCUGACCCCCCACCACUACUGCCAGCUUGGCCAUGCAGAGAACGGCCUCUGGCUCACUCUGCCAGGAAAGUUUAGAUGGGAGGAGGAGAUUUACACAGAUCCUAUUUGCUAAUGAUCCAGAUCGCAGCGUCGCAUAUGGACAAUCUAAAACCUGGAUUCUUUUUUCAAGGGACUGCCUAGUUCACAGCACUGGCCCACUCACACAGUGCUUUGAUUUUGGUGGCAAGUGGUGAUCUCAAGUUUAUGAGCCUCCAUCUUCUCAUAAUUUAAACAUUUUCCAAACUGUAGGAUUUAAGGAUAUAUUGUGCAAGUCUGCCUGGGCCUUCACUUGAUCCAGCACUUAAAAAAAAAAAAAAAAACAAGAAAAAGGCAGACUGUAUUUUUACAUAAGCUAAGGCUGACA